UUACAUUUUUUUUUUUUUAAAUGUUAAAUAUUAAAAAUGUGCAGUAUUGCCGUUUGUUCCUUUAUUAUAUACUGGUCAUGCUUAAAAAAGGCCAGAAGGCAUCAUUAAUUAGUAUUCAAACGACAACAUGACAGCUUUUAACCAACAUUCUCUUUUCUUAAUUGCCCUUAGGUCAACCUCCUGUCUGAAAGAACCAUAAGUAUCCGGAGCAAAGUGUCCAAAAUGGUAGUUGUGAUCGUCCUCCUCUUUGCUAUCUGCUGGGGCCCCAUCCAGAUCUUUGUCCUCUUUCAGUCCUUUCAUCCCAAAUACCAACCCAACUACGUCACCUACAAGAUCAAGACGUGGGCCAACUGCAUGUCUUACGCCAACUCCUCAGUCAAUCCCAUAGUUUACGGCUUCAUGGGAGCCAGCUUUCAGAAGUCCUUCAGGAAAACCUUCCCCUUUCUGUUCAAACACAAAGUCAGGGACAGCAGCAUGGCUUCGAGGACCGCCAACGCUGAGAUCAAGUUUGUUGCAGGGGAGGAAGGCAACAAUAAUAAUAACGGAGUUGACUGAACACAAUAUACAGGAGCAGAAAUAUCUGACUCUCCCUGUUGGAUAUGAUAAAUUGUUAAUAGCUGAUUUUACCGGGAAUUUCACCGAUACAUUUUAUGAAUGUUUAUCAAUACACUAUGUGUAUAGAAUGUGGGUAAGAACAAUUUGCUCCCCCUGUCAUUGUGAAGGAAAGCUGCUGCUGGCAUGUAUCGCCCACAGAGACAUGCAGGACUCCAGCUGAAAAACAGCGGCCAGACAUUACUGUUUGUUUCAAAAGGAAAUGUGUGUAAAUUAAGGAGGGAGAGCCAGUGGUAAUGGACAAUAAAUUAGACAAAAUGGAGGCUUUGAAUGGGUAAUUAACAUAGUGCGUUAAAUGACUAACACAAAAAAUGUUUUGACAUUCAUGUCAAUCACUCAAAAUUGAGUUUACAUAAGAGGUUUUUAGGCUUAGUCAUUUUGGAAAAAGAAUGCUGGAUAAAAAACAACAAUUAAAAAGAAAUGUUUCACGUAAAAAAGUGCUAUGAAAUGUCAUUAGCUUAGAUGGUUAUGUGUUUAUUAGCUGGGAACCUUAGUUUGCUGAGAUUCCCAGCUGUUAA